AUGCGAGCUGCUAAAGUACUAGGUGGAGACAGUGCUGUGAGGGCCUUCCAGAACACCACAGCAACUGCACAUGUACCAGUGUCACAUUAUCGGAUUGUAAAGAGUGUGGAUUCCAGUGAAGAGAGUUUUUCUGAUUCAGAUGAUGAUAGCUCUCUUUGGAAACGCAAGCGACAGAAAUGUUUUAACCCACCUCCCAAACCUGAGCCUUUUCAGUUUGGGCAGAGCAGUCAGAAACCACCUGUUGCUGGAGCAAAGAAGGUUAACAACAUAUGGGGUGCUGUGCUGCAAGAACAGAGCCAAGAUGCAGUGGCCACAGAACUGGGUAUUUUGGGAAUGGAGGGCAAUAUUGACAAAAGUAGACAGUCAGAGACCUAUAAUUAUUUGCUUGCUAAGAAACUCAAGAGGGAAUCUCAAGAAUUUACAAAAGAAUUAGACAAAGAGUUAGAUGACUAUAUGCAUAGUGACAAAAAACUAGGCUCAAAUGAAGAGGAAAAUGGUCAAGGUCAUCUCAAAAGGAAGCGACCUGUCAGAGACAGGCUCGGGGAUAGACUGGAAAUGAACUAUAAAGGCAGGUAUGAGAUUACAGAAGAAGAUUCUCAAGAAAAAGUGGCUGAUGAAAUUUCUUUUAGGUUACAGGAACCAAAGAAAGAUCUGAUAGCCCGAGUAGUGAGGAUAAUUGGGAACAAAAAGGCCAUUGAACUUCUGAUGGAAACUGCUGAAGUUGAGCAAAAUGGUGGCCUUUUUAUAAUGAAUGGUAGUCGAAGAAGAACACCAGGUGGAGUUUUUCUGAAUCUCCUGAAAAACACUCCUAGUAUCAGCGAAGAACAAAUUAAGGACAUUUUUUACAUUGAAAAUCAAAAGGAAUAUGAAAAUAAAAAAGCUGCUAGAAAGAGGAGAACACAGAUUUUGGGAAAAAAGAUGAAACAAGCCAUUAAAAGUCUGAAUUUUCAAGAAGAUGAUGAUACAUCACGGGAAACUUUUGCAAGUGAUACAAAUGAGGCCCUGGCCUCUCUUGACGAACCACAGGAAGGACAUGGAGAAACCAAGUUAGAUGCAGAGGAAGCUAUUGAGGUGGAUCAUUCUCAUGAUUUGGACAUCUUUUAAGUAUAUUUUGGACAUUGUGAGGAAUAAGCCUUUUAAAGUACCAUUGUAAUAAACCGUUUCUACUGACAUAGCUUUGUUUUAGUUUGCACUGAUAAACAUGAGAAUCUGGAUAAACCUAUUUCUUGUUUUAAAUAAUACAUGUGGGGAAGUGAAUGUGAUUAAAGAUGGCUCAUGUCUGACAGCACUAAAGCAUAUGGCAUAAUGUUUAAUUUCUUGGUCUGUUGCAUGACUAAUACUAGUAGAUGUUAAUCACUUUUUUCCAUGUCAUUAUCAUAUGCCAUUCAAAAGUUUGUUUUUUUCUGAUAAUAUUUUUGAGGUGAAUUUUGCUUUGAUUUCAAAACAUUGCAAUGAAAGAUCUUACUGGAACACACAAAUGGUUAUACUGUUGCAAAUGCAUUUGGAUUUUUUUUUUUUCUAUUUUAUUAGAACUCUUAGGCAGUUUUACGGAUAGAGACUAAACAUAGGUAUAUACUUAUUGAUGCUUCCCAGUUUCUUACUUGUCCAGAAAUAAAUGUCAGAAGCUUUUCAAAGAAAUACUGGUUCAUAACUUUUUUUACUUUCAAUAGUUAACUGGAUAAUAAACAGCAUUUAUAAACUACAUUCAUUAUAAACUAAACUUGAAGGGCCAGGGAUUUAGCUCAGUGGUU